GGCAGGAAGAGAACUUCCCCCGUUCUUCCGGGUCAGACUUGUAAUAUUUGUGGUUGUUUGGGAGGCGCGAUGGCUGAAGACCCCGCGCUGUCUCUCCGGGUGUCGGAGAUCAAGGACCCGGAGGUUCUGUUCGAGCGUUACAACACCGCGGAGAUCCGGCGGGUCGAACGCAAAGUCCGCGGCGAGAUCGAGCAGAAGAAGGAGGAGCUGAGGCAGAUGGUGGGGGAGCGGUACCGGGACCUGAUCGAUGCCGCCGACACCAUCGGCGAGAUGAGGCAGUGCUCGGAGAGCGUGGUCCAGUCCAUCCAGGACAUGCACCGGUACUGCCACCAGCUGAAACAGGGCCGAGCCGGCACGACCAGCUGCAGGCAGGAGGACCCGACACAGUGGCAGGAGAAGUUCUACACCAUGGCCUCCCAGAUCAAGCUCCUCUUGGAGAUCCCAGAGCGCAUCUGGAGCGCCAUGGAGGCGUCCCAGUACCUCCAGGCCACCCAGCUCUACCUGCUUUGUUGCCACCUGCACAGUCUGCUGCAGCUGGGUGCCGCUACAGGGGGCAAUUACAGCCCCGUCCUGGUCCGCUUCCCAAUUUUGGUCCGGCAGGUAGCCACCACAGGACACUUCAGGUCCACCAUUCUCCUGGAGAGCAGGUCUCUGCUCCAGGGCCGCGCCGUGUCUGACCAGGCCAUAGCUGAGGCCCUGGUGUCCACCAUGCUGCUGGAGGACAGCUCACCACGCCAGGCCCUGGCUGACUUUCUGUUGGCGCGGAAGGCCUCAAUCCAUCAGCUGCUCAACCAACCACAGCACGGUGCAGGGAUCAAGGCCCAGGUGUGCAGCCUGGUGGAGCUGCUUGUCACCACUUUGUUCCAGGCCUACGCUGUCUUCUACCUGCCCCCAGAAGGAGGCCCCAGGCCGGGGGAGGGGGCCCUGAGCUGUGGCAUGCUCUUCUCUACCUUGGAGAAUGUCACCUCCACCACAUACGCAGCUAAAGACAGGACGGUGUUGCAGGAAGAGACAAGCACAGGCUGCUGGUUCAAAUACCUGCCGCACUCCAUCACCGAGUUCCAGCCCGCCCUUCGCACACUGGCUAAGCCGAUCCAGAGAGAGCAGCUCCGGGACACCCUUCAGCAGUGGAUCGAUACCUGUAAGGAGGACAUCUGCCGUGGCGUCAGCGGCCUUCUGGUCUAUGUAAAGAGCCUGAAGGGGUUGGCGGCCAUCAGAGACUCUGUAUGGGACCUCCUGUCCACCGAGUCCAUCAGUCAGCACUGGAGCGCUGUGUGUCAGCGGCUGCUGGAGCGCCCCCUGGCUGUGUGGGACGACUUCCUGCAGCAACUCUUCCUUCAGCGCCUGCAGGCUAUCACCAAAGAAGAAACUGAAGCCAUCUCAACAAGCUCCAUCCAGCUCCUCACCUCAACUGUGAGGGAUCUUGAGGGCCAGACCAUCCAUACUUCAGCUACCAACCCUGGCUCAGCCCGCGGCGCCCAGUACGAGGUAGAUGUGGCGUCCUUCCUGUGGUCGGAAUCCCCGGGGGACCUGCUGAGCGAUGCAGGGUGGGUCAGCGUGAAUCAGCGGGGGCAGAAGCAUCAGAGGAGUAGCCUGGCCAUGAAGACCCAGGCCGUCACGCCCUUCGUCCAGAACUUCUGCUCCUCUCUGGAUGCUAAGCUAAAGGCCAGGCUGGACGACCUGCGGUACUACCUCCCCUUCCAAGACCCAGGAUCCAGCUCCGUCUCAGCCCCCCCUUCUGGACCCAGCGAGAGCGCGUCAGCGUCCUCUUUUAACCGCUUCACCGAUUCUCCAGCAGUGGAGGACGCUUUACGGGAGGGCUGCCUGGCCUGUGUCCGCCUCAUCCUGUCUUCCAUUCGCUCCGAACUGCUCUCCGCCCCCCCUGACCUCAGCCCCGCCCGCCUCAGUUCAGUCCUUUUCAUGGCCAGGCUCUGCCAGUCCAUGGGGGAACUGUGCCCCAACCUGAAGCACUGCAUCCUGGGGAAACAGAGCGGUUCUGAGGCCACAGCGAAGGGGACCCCCAGACAGGGCAAGAAGCUGGGCAAAGCCAGGGCCACCACGGAGGCCAGCCCCUCCCAAACCAAGUGGGCAGCUCUGAAGGAGGAUUUCCUCGUUUGCAGCAUGGAGGCGUACCGCAUCUGGAGCUCCGCCCUGUCCAAAGUGCUGCUGGAUAAGUUUGCCACAGCGCUGCAUGCCGAGUCUGCCGGGGCCAUCCUCACAACCGCAACGAACUGGGAGGAUCUGGAGAUCCAGGAGGAAGCCGAGUCGGGGAGCAAUGUCACAUCCAAGAUCCGUCUUCCAGUCCAGCCGUCCUGGUUCGUGCAGUCUCUGCUAUUCCAGCUGUGUGUGCAGGUGAACAGGGUGGGGGGGCAUGCUCUGCCCCGGCCCACCCUGCAGGAGCUGCUGCACACCUGUUUGAAUCAGGUCCUGCACCACUACCAAACCCUCACGCAGCAGGCCCCCAGCAGGGAGGGCGUAUUCCCCAUGACUCAGAACAGAGCCUUACAGCUGCUGUUUGACCUCCGUUACCUUCACACUAUUCUGGGUAGCAGAGUGGAGGAAGGAAAGGGCUCCCGAUCCCACCAAGACCCCAGAUUCCACGAGGUGUGUGAUUGGCUGGAGGGCUACAUCGACCCCUUUGACCUGGAUGUGUUCACACCGCCGCUCAACACCAACCUCAACCGCCUGUCCCAGAGGACCUCGGUGCUGCUGGGGCUGCUGACGGGCUCAGAGAAGCAGUUUGCCCCGCGGAGCAGCAGUGGCAACUCUCAGGAGCCCUACAACAUCCUGCCACUAGCCAGCAGCCAGACCAGGUUCGGGUUGUUGCCUCUCAGCACGUCCAGUGUGCGUAAAUCCAAGUCAGCCCCCCGGAGCUGUGACGCUGCUCUCCAGCUGCGUUUUUGAGAUGCACAGGUAAGUGUGUGCGUGUGUUCUUAGUGGUGACUUGGUUUAGUGCCACAGGGCUUCAUAACUGAUAUAUUGUGAUAUUUCUCACUAAUCUGCCACCCUGCUUGUGCUCGUCAUGUAGUUUGGGAUCAGACUAAAGUCUGGAGAACUCCUUGGGGUAGCAGAGGACGUGGGCUGUUCUUACCUGUUUUUAAAUGGACCAAUCACAUCUUUAAUGAAUGCAUUAUUGGUCAAGUUUGUCUUGGCAGCAGAAAAAGAAAAAAGCAGAUGUCCCUAUGCAGCUAAAGUUGUGAUUGGUCGAAAACUUUCACUUUUAAAACUUAUCCAUCAAAAAUGCCUCGACAAAUCACACUGGCAUCUGAGGAAAUAGUUUUUAAUACUCAUUAGCUGUCUCAACAGUAACAUGAUAACAAUGUCAGUUGGCUUUGAGCUAAUAGAGUGUUUGGGGUAAGCUAGGCUAACAAUGUUCUGUCUCCGUACAGGCUACACACAGGGGAAAAUCUAUUUCAAUCAACCGUUUUCUUUAAAUGGUCUGACUGUUCGUUGGGGCUCAUGAACAUCACGUUGGCGGUUCUGUGAAUCAUUGGGUCCAGAGGUCCAUGAUAACUGUUUGAAACCAUUUCAAGAAUCUUCUGGAAACCGAGAAAGUAGUCCGCACGAGUCCUCAGCUUGUGUAUUUACUAGACAUGAUCCUCGGAGGGCUCUCGCACUGGACAUUCAGCAUGCUACGGUAGUAGCCCUUAUGUAAGCCUAGAUUAUUUAACUUUAUUUGACUGUUUGGAAUCCAAUGCUGAAAUACUGGAGUGUUAGCAUGGAGCAGCACCGGUGUUAGCAUGGAGCAGCACCGGUGUUAGCAAGGAGCCGCACAGGUGUUAGCAUGGAGCAGCACCGGUGUUAGCAUGGAGCAGCACAUUUGUUAGCAAGGAGCAGCACAGGUGUUAGCAUGGAGUAGCACAGGUGUUAGCAAGGAGCAGCACAGGUGUUAGCAUGGAACAGCACAUUUGUUAGCAAGGAGCAGCACAGGUGUUAGCAUGGAGCAGCACAUUUGUUAGCAUGGAGCAGCACAUUUGUUAGCAAGGAGCAGCACAGGUGUUAGCAUGGAGCAGCACAUUUGUUAGCAAGGAGCAGCACAGGUGUUAGCAUGGAGUAGCACAGGUGUUAGCAUGGAGCAGCACAUUUGUUAGCAAGGAGCAGCACAGGUGUUAGCAAGGAGCAGCACAGGUGUUAGCAUGGAGCAGCACAUUUGUUAGCAAGGAGCAGCACAGGUGUUAGCAUGGAGCAGCACAUUUGUUAGCAUGGAGUAGCAUAGUGGGAUCUAGCUAGCCCUGAUCCAGGAUUGUAAUGCUACAAAACAGUGCUAGAUUGUUCCUUUACCGUUUUACUAAACUACAAACAUUUCAAUCAUUUUCAUUAUUCAUCACUGAGGAGUUUGAUGGGUGUUUGUAACCAAAAUGUCCACAUCAGAAGUGGUCUGGAUCAAGACUUAGUCCUGACCAACACUGGAGUUGUAUGUUGUACAACCUGACGUGUCUCCUUCCUCCGGCAGGCGACUCCGUCCUCCCUGGCAGACGGUGAGGACAGCUUCCGUCCCGGCAGCCUGUUCAGACAGCUGGCCGAUCAGGACGGGGACACGGCCACUCAGUCUUUAUUCAAACUCAGCU